AAGGAAUUGUUUUAAAUUAAUUUUCGCAAUACAACGUGUGCUUAGGAUUUGUGUUUAAAUUAUCAAUUAAAUAGAAAUAUUUGAGCUUAUUUUUGAACCUAUGCACUUUUAGAAAUCAUAGACAAUAAGCACAUAUCAAACAAAUAUUAAUAUUGUAGUUCAAAUGAUUUAUACGUCAUAAUUUAUUCAAAACAACAGUAGCAUUUUAUACAUUUUUUUCAUAGGCAGCGAUUUUCAUACCGAUAACAGAAAUAUUUCAAGCGCAAUUAACGUAAAUCGCAAUGUCAACCGGAAAAAAAUUCAAUCCGGAGGAGGACUUUCCGGAAGUGUACAAGAUCUGCAAGCUGUUCAAGCCGACCGAUGCGGAUCUGGAGAAGAUUAUGGACUUGUUGGACCGUGAGAUUGUGAUGGGCCUGAGUCGCGACAACCACGAUCGAUCGACGGUGCCCUGUCACCUUAGCUAUGUCCAGGAUUUGCCAUCGGGCAGGGAGCGUGGUCAGUUUUUGGCCCUCGAGAUGAUGCCCACCAACUGCCGGAUAAUGCUGGUGAGGUUCAGCAGCGAAAGGGAUAUCUACACCAGUUCCAAGUGCGUGAUAAUGCCGCAUACUGUGGCGGCGGGUCGAGGUACCGAGGUAUUCAACUUCCUGGCCGCCACAAUUGCCAAUUUCGUGAAGGAGAAAAAAGUGGAGAAGGACAAUCUGCCGAUGGGCAUAGCCUUUGCAUUUAGCCUCAACAAACUGGCCUUGGAUGUGGGUAUUUUGGUUUCAUGGACCAAGGAGUUUGGCGCACAGGGAGCCAUUGGCAAGGACGUGGUCCAAUUGCUGCGCGAUGCUCUGGCCAAGUUUCCCGAAAUAUCCGUCGAAGUGAUGGGCAUUAUCAACGUGGGUGCUGGAUCCCUAUUGGCCCUGUGUUGGGCCCAACCCGAUACCCGAAUGGGCUUGAUCAUGGGCAGCAUUGCCAAUUCGUGUUACGUGGAAAAAGUCGAGAGGUGCCAAUUGUACGAGGGUGAGGAGGGCAGAAGGCUAAUGAUCAUCAAUUCGGAUUGGGCCCAUUUCGGGGACAAUGGAACGCUGGACUUUAUACGUAACGAAUUCGAUCGCCAGUUGGACAACGAGUCCAUAAUUCCGGGACAGCGGAUCUACGAGAAGUUCAGCGGUGCCCUCUGCAUGGGGGAAUUGAUUCGCAUUAUAGUGCUACGACUGAUGACCAUGGGUGCCAUCUUUGCGGGAGAUAGACGUGACUAUAUUGGCAUCCAGUGGAAGUUGGACAUGGUUUCGGUGAUCGAAAUCGCCUCCGAUCCGCCGGGUGAAUACACUAAGGCGCAGGAGGUGAUGGACAAGUUCCGGAUCCGACAUUGCAAGGAGCGGGAUCUGGCUGCCCUAAAAUAUAUCUGCGAAACGGUCACCACUCGCGCUGCCAUGGUGGUUGCCAGUGGAGUGGCCUGCCUCAUUAAUCGCAUGCACUUGCCACAGAUCUCCAUCGCCGUGGAUGGCGGCAUCUAUCGCCUCCAUCCGACCUUCGCCACAGUUCUGAAUAAGUACACCCGCAUGCUGGCCGAUCCGACGUGCAAGUUCGAGUUUGUGAUCACCCAGGACAGUUGUGGAGUGGGGGCGGCCAUUAUGGCGGGAAUGGCACAUGCCAACAAGUACAAAACCGACUCCAAGAUGUUCACUAUGGACUACUAGGACUGAUCUUGUAAUAAAUUAUGUUUAAUGCAAUAAAAAUUUGGUUUUUAUUUAGUUUUAUUAAAUGAAACUAUAAAGUUCAGAAAUCUGCACAACCAACAUACGAUUUGGAUUAUUUAAACUGAAGGUUAUCUAUAACUUCAAUUAUUGAAAAUCUAUUUCGGAGUCCCUAAUGAUAAUCAUAUACAAACAACAUUGUGGCAAGCAAUAAUAUAGUUAAAUAUAAAUAAACAGAACCAGAAAGAAUGUGUAAAACUAUUUGUGUAAUAUGCUUAUC